UAGUUGUUGCUGACAUGCUUCAAAGUUGCCGCCCGGGUAAUUGAGCAAUCACAGGUGCUGCUGUUGAGUUGAAAGAAAAUAACUGUGUUGUGUCACAAAAAGGAUAAUUGCUUGAAACCCAAUCUGAGCAGACGUCAGGGAGGCAGUUUGUCUUGAGAGCAGAGUUAUAAAAGAUGGCGUAUGUUUCUUUCCGGUCUUUAUUGCGAAUUGCCAUUUGUGGUGGCACCCAUGGUAAUGAGCUGUCAGGAGUCUACUUGGUGAGAGAAAUGCAGAAGCAGAAAGUAAACAAGGUUGGAUCCAUUUCUGUGACGACCAUGAUAUCAAACCCACGAGCUGUUGAUGUUUGCAGACGAUACACUGAAAAGGAUCUCAACCGAUGUUUCACAAAAGCCUUGCUGAGUUCACCUGUAACAGAUUCAACACCUCAUGAGCUGAUACGAGCACAGGAGCUGAACACUCAGCUUGGGCCUAAAGGAAGCCAAGAGGCCUUUGACGUCCUCUGUGACCUCCACAACACCACCGCCAACAUGGGCCUGUGCUUCAUCUUUGACUCCUGCGAUUGGUUAACAGUGCACAUUUAUAAAUACGUAAAGAAUAAGAUCACCUCUGUGCCAGUACGAGCCAUCCAGAUAAACACAAUGAUCCGUGAUAGUGUCAGCUUAUGGUCAGUGGGGAAACAUGGUUUCACGAUAGAGGUCGGACCUCAACCCCACGGAGUCCUCAGAGCCGAUAUCUUCACUGUAAUGAAAAAAGCCGUGGAUCUGAUGUUGGAGUGGAUUCAGAAAUUCAAUUCUGGAUGUACAUUUGAAGGGGGUGAAGUCGAAGUAUACACCAAGGUAAAGAAUGUUGAUUACCCAAGAGACCCCGCAACCCAGGAAAUCACUGCUGCUGUACACCCUCAGCUGCAGGAUAAUGACUUCGGCCUCCUUCAACCAGGCGACCCCAUUUUCUUAUCGUUUUUGGGGGAGACGAUGAAGUAUGAAGGGGAAACGCUCCACCCGUUCUUUGUGAAUGAAGGUGCCUACUAUGAAAAGAAGACUGCCUUCCAGUUAGCUCGAAAGACUGUUCUGACCGUGCCGCCCAUAAGUGUGAAAAUAGACUGAACAUGACGACAGAAUGACAUCAAAAUGUACUAUAUAUAGAGCAGCAGUUAGAAGAGUACAUUUAAUACCAUGCUUUAACUAUUUAAAUAUCAUUGAUUCAUAGAUGAAAUGAUGCAGAAAUCAAAUGUUCAGAUUUAUGACUCCAGUUCUAUUCGGACAACAAAUGUGACCUUUUAUUGAGGUGCUUAUAUGUUGUAACUGUGUGAAUGUGGAUGCAGUGAAUGAUAAUGUCUCUUUAAAUAUAAUGCAUUGCUAAAAUACCCUCAGCCAUAUGAGCAUGUAAUCAAUAAAAGAGUUUCUGGAAAGAAUGUGGCCUUUUGACUUUUGAGUAACCUUUGGCCACCUUUGAAAUUGUCCAUGGCCUGUGUCCCAAGAAUGCUCCCUGUGAUUUUGAAGACCCUGGCAGUAAUAGGACUGGAGUUAUGCUGGGUAUGCACGCAUGCAAAAUCAUUUUUAAUGCCCAAUGGCCAUAUUUUGGCCUCUGGUAAAAUGAAUGGCAUAAUAGGGCUGGCAAGAAUGUAAUGGAUCACUUCCCACCUGUAGCCUUUCUUUGUGGAGUUUGCAUGUUCUCCCCGUGUUUCCGAGGGUUUACUCGGGGUGCUCUGGCUUCCUCCCACAGCCAAAGACAUGGAGGUUAGGUGAACUGGAAACUUUAAAAUGAGGGAUGGUGUGCGUGCAGGUGUAAAUGGUUGUAUGUGGCUACGUGGCCCAGCGAUACACUGGCGUCCUGUCCAGUGUGUGUAACGGUACACUUCAUUAUUAGUUUUUGUCAGUUGUUUUGCACAUUCCAGAUAUGGUAAUUGUUAUACAGUAAAACUCGCUUAUAAUGGAUUUAGGUGAACCAGUGAAUUUUGUCCGUUAAAAUCAAAAUCCAUUAUAUUGUAUGUAUGUAACACAUUAGUCAGGAGGCGCUGAACAAUCUACAGGGAAUCCUCAGUGCCAAUAAACUUUAUGUAUUUCCUUGAUUAAAUGCCUGACCUUGACUAGGGGUCUGUCUCGUUUAAUGACCAGGUCAAACUUUCAAAAUAAAAGCCUGGCUUAAAUAAGCGCUAGGCAGUAUGUGCAUUAAAAGAAUUACAUGUAGUCGAGUCACUCUUUUUUCUAAGUCCACUGCAGAGUGGUAUCUUAAAAUCAUAAAGCCUGAUUUAUCCUUCUCCAGCUGUGUAACUUCAGUGACGUCGACAUGAGUGUGACCCUUUAAAAGUUCUCCAUUGUGUUGGUGGAUGCCAUAAUGCAAUUUACUGCAGGAACCGUGACUUUUUAUGGAUCAAUUUGUCCCUCAACUAUGUAGCAACAUUGUUGCAAAAGUAUUUGCAAAUGUGUAUUUCAAUCCACAAAUGUGUAAAAAAUGUGUGUG